CGCUUGCCGUUGGCCGCAUCCACCGUGACCAGACCGCCCGCCCUCGUGUCGGAGCCUCAGCAUCGAAUUGUCCCCGCAAUCCUGCAGCUCUCACCAGACCCAAGCCAACACAUGGCGACGGCGUCUGCGGCGGCGAAGGAGGAGGUGAUCGGGAAGCUCAACGUCCGCGUGGUGCGGGGCACCAACCUGGCCAUCGCCGACCCUCUCACCCACACCAGCGACCCCUACGUCGUCCUCCAAUACGGCGCUCAGAAGGUGAAGACUAGUGUCCAGAAGAAGAAUCCCAAUCCAGUAUGGAAUGAAGUACUGCAGCUCUCUGUCACAGACCCUACAAAGCCAGUGCACCUUGAAGUUUUUGACGAGGACAAAUUCACAGCAGAUGACAGCAUGGGUGCGGCAGAAAUCAACUUAACUGACAUAUAUGACACUGCAAAGUUGGAUCUGAAGCAUGCUUCUAAUGGGACUAGGAUCAAGACAAUCUACCCAGUUGGUGUAAACUAUCUUGGCGGUGAGAGCCAUGUUACAUGGAAGGAUGGCAAGGUUGUCCAAGACUUCAUUCUGAAGCUGAAGAAGGUCGACAGUGGCCUGAUCGUCCUGCAGCUGGAGUGGGUUCAUGUUCCCGGCGUCAAACUGUGAGCCGUGUCUGAACGAGGGUCGCGAUCGCUUUGAGGGAGCUGCAGUUGUAGUUGGUCUCUAUUCUGAGUGUCUCAUUGUGUAAAAGUGUGCUGAAUGUUAUGAUUUGCAGUGUGUGUGUGAUGUGUGCGCUGUUGGUUUUGGUUUGAGUGUGAUGUUUACAUUUAUAUUUGAGGUACUUCCUAGUGUGGGUGUGAAGUUUGUGUUUCAAAAAUAAGGAACGCCCUGUUGAUGUCAUAUGGAGUGAGAUGUAAAUUAAGAAAUUAGAAACGAAAUAGAAGCGAUUGGGCGACAAUUGGUUUGCAUAAA